GGCGGAGGUGCCGUCGGCCGCUGCUCUGUGUGAAUUAAAAACAACAAAACAAACCUCUGCGGCCGAGUCCGCCGACACCUCUUCGUUAACCCGGGGCUUGAGGGACGAAUGUUUUGAAACAACUGGUCACCAUGCUUAGCAAUUAGCAGGCACAUGUGAAAAUGGCAGAAGGUGACAAUAACGAAGAGGUAAUUCACUUGAACAACUUCCACUGCCACCGGGGACAAGACUGGAUCAAUGUCAGAGAUGGACCCAUCACCAUAUCUGACUCCUCUGAUGAGGAAGGGAUUCCAAUGCUGGUCACUCCAGCCCCUCAGCAACACGAAGAUGUGGAUGAUGUCAUCCUGACAGACACAAAUAAACCUCAGACAUCACGACCCAAUCCCAUCAAACCAGCUGCCCAGUGGCAAGAUCUGAAAAGAUUGGGAGAAGAAAGGCCCAAAAUGUCUAGAGCAGCCUUUGAAUCAGAUAAGAACAGCUAUUUUUCAGUGUGUAACAACCCAUUGUUUGAUUCUGGGGCACAGGAUGAUUCUGAGGAUGACUACGAUGCCUUUCUGGAUCUUGGGCCUACUGGAAUCUCUGAACUCACUAAACCAAGUGGUCAGAGAAGAGAACCCCAACCCGGACCAAGUCAUAGUCAAGCAUCAAGUGACAUUGGCAACCUUGGAUCAGAGAGAAAAAUCAUCUUAGAAGACAGUCAUCUUCUCUACUCAGAAACUGACCCCUUGAACCAAUCAUCUGAAGAAUCAGAGACAGAGCUCGAAGAAUCUGGUGCCAUCGGAGAAGAUCAGGCCAUUGAAGAAGACUGCUGGUUAGACCAUCCUUAUUUCCAGUCUCUAAACCAAGAGGCCCGUGAGAGAAUAAGCCAGGUUGUUCCUCAGGAGCGGCAUGCUGAAGCAGAACUGGGCCUCCUGUUGUAUCAACAUGAGCCACCAAGGCCAGCCUUCCCCAACCCAGCUUACCCCAGGCCAGAACCUCAACAGGAUGGGAUUCGAGGGCCUGCUUCUCCUCAACCUGCCCAUCCUUUAGGAGAACUGGAAGACCAACGACUAGCAAUAAUAGAUGAGGAUGAUGACGAGCCAGGGCCGGUCUUCCAAAUGCAAGGAUCUCAGGAAUCCGAUUUGGAAAACAUGUGGGGGCAAGGAGAUCAAGAACUUGUUGCAAUAUUAGUUAAAGAAACGGAAGCAAGAUUUCCAGAUGUAGCAAAUGGAUAUAUUGAGGAAAUAAUUCAUUUGAAGAAUUACUAUGAUUUGAAUGUACUUUGUAAUUUUCUCCUGGAAAACCCAGAUUAUCCAAAGAGAGAAGAUAGAGUCAUCAUGAACCCCAGCAGCAGCCUGCUCGCCAGCCAGGAUGAGACGAAGUUGCCUAAAAUGGACUUUUUUGACUAUUCCAAAUUGGCUCCUCUUGACCAGCGAUGCUUCCUCCAAGCUGCUGACCUCCUGAUGGCCGACUUCAAAAUGCUCAGCAGCCAGGACAUCAAAUGGGCUCUGCACGAACUCAAAGGACACUAUGCAAUCACCCGAAAGGCCUUUUCUGAUGCUAUUAAAAAAUGGCAGGAACUAUCACCAGAAACCAGUGGGAAAAGAAAAAAAAGAAAAGAAAUGAAUCAGUAUUCUUAUAUAGAUUUCAAAUUUGAACAAGGUAACAUAAAGAUAGAGAAAAGGAUGUUCUUUCUGGAGAAUAAACGGCGGCACUGUAGGUCCUAUGACCGACAUGCCCUCCUCCCAGCCGUGCAACAAGAACAGGAAUUCUACGAGCAGAAGAUCAAAGAGAUGGCAGAGCACGAAGACUUCCUGCUUGCCCUGCAGAUGAAUGAAGAACAGUAUCAGAAGGAUGGCCAGCUGAUUGAGUGCCGCUGCUGCUAUGGGGAGUUUCCAUUCGAGGAGCUUACACAGUGUGCAGAUGCUCACUUGUUCUGCAAAGAGUGUCUCAUCAGAUAUGCUCAAGAGGCUGUCUUCGGGUCUGGGAAGUCCGAGCUCAGCUGCAUGGAAGGCAGCUGCACGUGUUCCUUCCCAACCAGUGAACUGGAAAAGGUGCUGCCCCAGACCAUUCUGUAUAAGUACUAUGAACGGAAAGCUGAGGAAGAGGUUGCUGCAGCCUACGCUGAUGAGCUUGUCAGGUGUCCUUCCUGCAGCUUUCCUGCUCUGCUGGACAGUGAUGUGAAGAGGUUCAGCUGUCCCAACCCUCGCUGCCGUAAGGAAACCUGCAGGAAGUGUCAAGGACUCUGGAAAGAACACAAUGGCCUCACCUGUGAAGAGCUGGCUGAGAAAGAUGACAUCAAGUACCGGACCUCUAUUGAAGAAAAAAUGACUGCUGCCCGAAUUCGGAAGUGCCACAAGUGUGGGACUGGCCUCAUCAAAUCUGAAGGCUGCAACCGCAUGUCUUGCCGCUGCGGUGCGCAAAUGUGCUACCUCUGCCGCGUGUCUAUCAACGGCUAUGACCACUUCUGCCAGCACCCACGCUCCCCGGGAGCCCCAUGCCAGGAGUGUUCCCGAUGCUCCCUCUGGACGGACCCCACUGAGGACGAUGAGAAGCUCAUUGAGGAAAUCCAGAAAGAGGCUGAAGAGGAGCAGAAGAGAAAAAACGGAGAGAACACCUUCAAACGUAUUGGGCCACCCUUGGAGAAGCCUCCAGAGAAAGUACAGAGAAUCGAGGUCCUACCCAGGCCUGUCCCACAGAAUCUGCACCAGCCGCAAAUCCCCCCCUACGCUUUUGUGCACCCACACUUCCCCUUGCCACCCGUGCGGCCCAUGUUCAACAACUUCCCCCUCAACAUGGGCCCCAUCCCAGCGCCGUACGUGCCCCCUCUGCCCAACAUGAGGGUCAACUAUGACUUUGCCCACAUUAACGUCCCCCUGGAGCACAACCUGCCCAUGCACUUUGGUCCCCAGCCUCGCCACCGAUUCUGACGGCCCAGGAAGCCCCCCAGGACUGAGGUUCCACCAGGACAGCUCUCAGGCCUGUGUGGGGCUGGGGCUGGGGUGGGGUACAUCCCUGGCUUACCCUUCCCACACAUGGGAAGUCCAGGCCCUUGAUGACUGAGCGGAGGCAGGCUGGGGACAAUGGGUACCGGGCAUGGGCUUGGUCUGGUCUUACGGGGCCACAUAGUGAGGGACUGAACUUUGGCAACAAAGCCUGGUCCCUGGAAGUCCUUCCACUCACUUGCAUAGUAGACACCAGUCUAAGUUCCUGGAUGCUCCCCCUCCCAAGGAUAAGCUCCCAAUGACAAGGACAGGCCUCUCAGAGUUCGGAUGGCCCUUGGCUCAAUGGGUUCCCUCAGGAUCCUGCCCCAGUGCCUGGGCCUGGUUGCUUUCCCCCCCGCCUGCCCCUUCUUGGCCUCACGGUACAGUCUGUGUUGUAGUUUAAGCGGUGCCCUGCCCGCUCCCUCCGACUUUUCCCAGGGGUCCAGAGUUCCCCUCUGUCUCUGAGCAGUGCUCCGUGCUCCCCACUCCAGGACUACAGGUAGCAAGCAGCUUUUCCCUUCCUGCGGUUUGGUGAGGAGGCAGUAUAGCUCCUUAUCUUCGUACGUAGAGUGUCAGCCAUCCGGUCCCUGGCCUCCUCCAUGUCUUCUCAGUAAUCACAGGAUGGAGAUCUACAUACUGGCAGCUGAGCCUUCGAGCCACCAAGGGAGGCCCCCUCCCAAACCCCCCGCAGAGCAGAAGCCAGAAGCUUUUCUAUCUGUUCAAUUGAGGGGGUUGUACUUGUCCUGCACUUCAGGUAAGGUGAGCCAUGCACCUGAAAGGUAGAGGUGUGGUACAUAUGUCAGAGACCUUAGCACAUCCUCCACCCCCAGGCCCGCCCGCUGUGUACACUUGCUGCCCAGCAACUCCUUCAAUGUGUUUCAAGGAUUCGUAGAGUGAACAGUACCUCCUAAGACCCCUGCUCUUUCUUCUGUCCCCAGGAUGUGGGGUAUGGGAGCAGGUGAUCUCUGCGGGUAGGCUGAGGGGACCAGAUGGGAAAGCUGGCACUCAGGAAGAGUAAGAGUUUAGGGCGUAGACAGUCCCCUCCCUGCUUGGGGGCCUGCCAAGCACCAGUGCCUUCUGACAAGCUGCCAUCUGUGGGUGUACCACAGACGUGCCUUGGGGUGAGAGUGCGUGGUCCAGUCCACCGUUACGUAUUAGUGAAAGCCUGUUCCUGCCACCUUCUAUGGAAGGGCUCUCUAAGCGAUGGGGGUGGCCGUGGAUGCCACACCACAUGGGGCCACCAGCCCUAAUUGCUGCCCCACCAUACAUAGAGGGGACCUCUGGAACCAGUUCCUCACCGUAGUGGGGGGGGGGGGGCAGUCCUUUUCACUGGGGUCCUGUCGCCAUUAUCUGUGCAGCCCUUUUGUGCUCAGGGCAGGGCUGCAGGUUUCGGGCAGCUACAGGACAGUGGCAGCAGUCCCAAUGACAGAGUCCAGGGUCGAGGUGCCCUGGGGGCCCAGCUUUAUAAUGCAGUCCCAUAGGCGAGCAAGCAAGCCAAUAUUAAUUAGUCCUUUCUGAGGUGACCUCACAUGUUGCCAGCCACAUUUGAUGGUGAGGGUCUAGCUGCUCCUGCCCUUCCAUGAUGAUCUCCCUGACCCAGCAUUCCUCUUUAUCCCUGCCACGGGCUCCAGACGAGCAGGAGCCCUGAGUGGUGGGACCAAACCUGGGUGAGACCUCCCAAGAACCAGUGUGUGCGCUGACAAGAACCCAGGCCCUGUGUAACCAACCAGUGGCACACACAGUGACAGGAACCCAGGUCGGUCCUUGUCUCAGAAUCAGCAAGAGCCCACGCCUGCUCCUCUCUGAGCCACAGCCAUGCCUCUUGCUCCCCAGGGGAGGGACCACUCACGACAGUCCACUUCACUUGCCUUAAAAAGGGAGAGAGGGCUGGAGUGUUUGCACAUCACAGGAGUCAGAAGUGGGAACGAGAAAGUGCAUGUCCACCACUUUGGAUGAGAAUAGUGAAGAAAUGAAUACGUAGUUUAAUCUUAAGUUUUUCUGUACCUUCCAGUAGUGACAUGCAUAAACUAGCCACUGAAUUUAAACUACUGUGUGUAAAAAGCCUGUAUCAUAUGUAACUUGGACUUUUUGUAAAUAAAUGUUGGUGCACUCUU